AUACUGCGUCGUCGUUUCGCGGCCCUGGGUUUGCCAACAUGGGCUUUUCAACGCUCGGGUACUCGGAGAAGGACCACCACCGCGUUGCGUUUGCGUACCUCAAGCAUCUCUGGGCCGUGGGGGAAAAACAAAAGGCGCUCUCCGAGCUCGGGACGCUCGUGCAGACGCUCUCACGUCGGUCGCCCCUCACAGUCGGCGCCGUGGCAACCAAUCAAGACGAGGAGAUUGUCAAGUGCCACCUCAAGUGGGCCGAGUGGCAGCUCGCCAUCCACGAGCAGCAACUGGACCGUGUCCCGAUCGCGGCCGUGCUCAAUGCGCUCAAAACGAGCACGGAGCUCGAGCCCUCGAGCUACAAAGCGUGGCAUGCGUGGGCGCUCAUGAACUUUCAUGUGGCCGAGUACCACUCGCAGCUACCGCCAGGGUCCAACCAGGUCCUGCUACCGGGCAAGAAGGAGGCGUCGGACCUCGGGCCAUACAUUGCGUCGGCGAUCGAAGGCUUCUUCCGGUCGAUUGCACUGGGCCGGUCGCGCUGGGCCGCCAACGUGCAGCAAGAUAUCCUGCGUGUGCUGACGCUUUGGUUUGCGUACGGCCACCGCUCGGACGUGCACGGCGCGCUCGUGUCGGGUUUCCAGAGCGUCAGCAUUGAGACGUGGCUGAUUGUGAUCCCGCAGCUCAUUGCGCGGAUUCAUUCGCCGCACCCGCGCAUCCAGAGCCAGCUGCAUCGGCUCUUGUCGGCGAUCGGGACGCAGCACCCGCACGCGCUCAUUUAUCCGCUCAGCGUCGCCCUCAAAUCGCCGCUCGAGGUCCGGCAACGCGCCGCCGAGGCGAUUAUGAACUCGAUGCGCAAGAACUACGUCGACUUGGUCAACGAAGCCCUCCUCGUGUCGCGCGAACUCAUCCGCGUCGCGAUCCUCUGGCACGAACUGUGGCACGAAGGCUUGGAAGAAGCGUCGCGCUUGUACUUUGGCGAGCACGACGUCGAAGGCAUGAUGGCGGUGCUCGAGCCAUUGCAUGCGAUGAUGGACAAGGGCCCCGAGACGCUGCGGGAAGUGAGCUUUCACCAAGCGUUUGGGCGCGACCUCAAGGAGGCGUACGACUGGAUCCAGCGCUAUCUGAGUCCGCACGGCGCCAAGAACGAGUCGGACUUGAACCAGGCAUGGGACCGCUACUACCACGUCUUUCGCCGCAUCAACAAGCAGCUGCCGCAGCUCACGACGCUCGAGCUGCAGUAUGUGAGCCCGAAUCUACUCCACGCCCACGAGCUCCAACUGGCCGUGCCCGGCACGUACCGCGCGGGCCAUGCGAUCGUCAAGAUCCGGUCGUUUGUGCCGACGAUGCUCGUGCUCACGUCCAAGCAGCGCCCGCGGCGCAUCACGAUCGUGGGCACAAACGGCCUCGAGUACAUGUUUCUGCUCAAGGGCCACGAAGACCUGCGCCAGGACGAGCGCGUCACGCAGCUCUUUGGGCUCGUGAACGCGCUUUUGAUCAACGACCGGACGACGUCCAAGAAGGACCUCAAGAUCACGCGGUACCCGGUGAUUCCGCUGAGCCACAACGCGGGCAUUGUCGGCUGGGUGCCCAACUGCGAUACGCUGCACCAGCUCAUCCGCGAUUACCGCGAGGCGCGCAAGAUCCUCCUCAACAUUGAGCACCGGCUCAUGCUGCAGAUGGCACCCGACUAUGACGUGCUCUGCCUGCUUCAAAAGGUCGAGGUGUUUCAGUAUGCGCUGGAGAACACCGCCGGCCAAGACCUCUACAAAGUGCUCUGGCUCAAGUCGGAAAACUCGGAGGUGUGGCUCGACCGCCGCACCAACUACACGCGAUCGCUGGCUGCCAUGUCCAUGGUGGGGUAUAUCCUCGGCCUUGGCGACCGCCACCCGUCCAACUUGAUGCUGCACCGCUUCACGGGCACGAUUGUGCACAUUGAUUUCGGCGACUGCUUUGAGGUCGCGAUGCAGCGUGAAAAGUACCCGGAGAAGAUUCCGUUCCGGCUCACGCGCAUGCUGACCAACGCCAUGGAGGUGAGCGGCAUUGAAGGCAACUUUCGGUUCUCGUGCGAGUCGGUCAUGCAAGUGCUCCGCGACAACCGCCACUCGCUCAUGGCGAUGCUCGAGGCCUUUGUGCACGACCCGCUCAUUUGCUGGCGCCUC